UAGAGAUAACCCAUCCCCAAACCCAUAACCCCUCAAAUGUCCCCGAGAAACCAGAAAAGAGCUCCCUUCAAAAAUCAAUAACCUAAAAAAAAUAGAACUUACAAAACCCUAGAAAGGGAAAAAUGGAGGAAUCGAAGAAGAACAAGAAGAGGAAGAGAUUAGAUGUGAAGAUGGAGAUUUUUCAUCAACAUCCAGACAAGAUCCCUCCUUUGGUAGGUUAUUUCCCUUCUGGUUUCAACCCAAAGAGGUCAGAAGAGGAAGAUUCUACUAAGGUCAGGGUUUACAGCAACAAGAACAGGCCAAAUCGAUUGCAGCUCGUCGUAAGCCCGAAUAGUUCGAAGGUUGAGUUUGUGGGUACGAGUUAUUCGAGUGAAGCUGCUGCCGCCCAGGUCUGUACCUAUGCUCUUGGGGUUCUUGAUAAAGAAACUCAAACGCUGAAGAUUGUUCCAAUUGCCUCCAAUAAGAUCUUCAGGUUGGAACCAAGGGUUCGAGGGUCAGAAGUUAGUGAUAAGGAACCUCGUGGAGAGUUACAGGAAGAAGAUCUUACAGCAGAACAGAAAGCAGAUAAGAUAAGGGACUUGACCAAUCUCUAUGGAACAAAGAAAUCAAUAAGCCGGGCUAAGAAAAUGGAGUCCCUGAAACAAAAAGAAGAUCCCAUUAGCCAGGAUGCUGUGGACAAGAAAAUUGAGGGCUUUGUUAUAAAUAAGGAUGCUCUGGAAACUGCUGCUGUGUAUACUGCUCGGAAUGUUCCACCUCAUGAUCCUACUGCCACCACCCCAGACAAAGCCUAUCCAUUGAACAAAAUUAUUUUCAAAGGAGAGUGGGACUACCUUCUAGAUGUUCUGGAACUCCUGCAGAGUGGGGCUACAAUUUCAUCAGAUGCUUAUCCAAGUUUUGUUUGCAAUCGGAUUUAUAAACUAGAGGAAAUCCAGGAUGAGAUGGAAAAGAAGAGGCUUGCUUGCAUAUUAUCAUAUAUUACUCAUCUCAUAAAGUUCAAGGAUCAACGAUCUGUUGAUGGCGCUUCUUCUGCAAAGUACCAUAAAUUUCCGCCCAUCAUACUUCAGAAGUUUUUGACAUUGUUUGCAAAUUCUGAAACUUACAGGCUAGCAGAUGAUAAGCAAGAUCUUCUCAUCAGCUAUGUCUUGGUGCUCACUCUCUUUAUAGAUAAGUUCAGCACUGAUAUGUCUGAUAUCGCCAAGGACUUGAGGAUGACGCCCGUGUCCUUGAGACUUCAUUAUCAGAAUUUGGGCUGUAAGCUAUCACGUGUUGACAAGUUAUUAAUGGUCACUCUUCCUGUUCCUCUCCAAUUCCCGAAGCCAAGGACACAGAGGCGGCGAAGGUAGAAAUGCUACUAUUUAAGUCCAUCCAUGGGUCCUAUUUAUUUGUUUUCAGAAAUGAUUCUGUGCUCAAUACACAGAUCAAGAGUCCUAUUUAUGUCCAUCCAUGGAUCGAGGACGUUCAAACCGAAACCGAUUUAUAUUGGGAAUAUAUUUGGUUGGGAAUGGACAAACUGUGAGAGAGUACAUGUAGCACUGAAAUCGAGGAUUUUGGAACUGAUUUCUGAUAUGUUUAAGGUUUGUGUUGAGACUAUGUAUUCAAUUGAUAUACAAUGAGCGUACUCUCAAGAUCGGCCAGCAUGUGGCAUUGGUAUCAGCUGAUCUACAUUGGUGGAAUAGGGUCAACAGUAUCAAGAUGUGUACCGGUUGAUACGGACGGAUACAAGUUGGAUAUGGUAGAAUUUUUCAACUUGUUCAAGCAAACUUUAUAAUUUUUGAAUUUUGUUUUGUCUUCAGUAAAAUGCCUCAAUUUUGAAUUUUGCA